AGAAAGUUAAUUUUUGAAAAGUUAGAAUAUAUUUAGGGCCUUUUAAAAACAAAAUUGGAAAAUCCAAAAACACCUAUAAGACAUUUUUAAAAGUCAAUUUCAAGGAUCUAUAUUAGAUAUUUUAUAAGGUUAUUAAGGAAUCUUUUAGACACAAACUUAAAAAUUCAAUGACUAAUCUUAUCCAAAAUCCCCCAACUCAAAAAAAUUUCAAGUACAUCAUCAAUAGACGUUAUUAGAUAUUAUACAUAAUACUUCUAUCUCAUUAGUCCCACAUCAUUAAUUCGUAAAUCUUUAUUUCAUGGCAAACAAGGAAUGAAUGUCAUAUGAAAAUUUCUAUAUACUAUCGAUGUAUUAGAAAUUCUUUCUAGUUCCUAACUCAAAUGAGUUUAGAUUGGUCGGGUUUUUUUUAGAUUAUAAACUUUUUUGAAACGUCGAGCCGACGUGGUGUUGACUUUUUUUUUUCCCUUAAAUUUUCUUGUUUGUUUUAGUCAACAAUAUUCACAGGAGCUGCAGGGUAUGGGAUUGGAGUGGUAUGGCUUGUGUGUGGAAUAGCAUAUGGAGGAUUUUUGGUAGCAAUUCUAUGUUGUGGAAAGGGAAGGGGAAAGGAAAAGCUGAAGAAAAUGCCACAUUUUGGCCAGAAAUUCUACCUAUGGACCAUUCUCUUGGCUGCUUUCUUCACAAUUUUGGCAAUUGUGGGAUGUGGAGUGGUGAUUGGAGGAAGCACUAGAUUUGAUAGAGAGGCAAAGAGUGUAGUGAAAAUCAUAAUAGAGACAGCCAAUGGAGCAUCAAACACUAUUCAAAACACAACUUCAGCUAUGAAAGACAUGAUUUCUAACUUAGAAGCUUCUAGAGGAUAUGGAAAUGGAAUUGAAGAAACUUCUGGAACUUUGACUUCUACUUCUCAAGAACUUGAUGCUCAAGCUGCAAAUAUUCAAUGGCAAGCCAAUAAGAACAGGCUUUUGAUCCAUAAAGGCCUCAACAUAAUGUACAUAGUGACCAUGGUUACAAUUUCUUUGAACUUGGGAGCUGUAAUUGCAAUGUCUGUAUUUGGGAUUCUCAGAUUACAAAGAUUAUUUCACCUUUUCAUUCUCCACUGCUGGUUUCUCACAGUUCUCUGUUGGAUCUUCUUUGGCUUGUACCUUUUCUUGAACAACUUCUCAAGUGACACUUGCACAGCUCUUGAAAUGUUUCAAGAAAAUCCCAACAACAAUAGCUUGAGCUCUAUUCUCCCAUGUGAGCAACUUCUAACUGCAAAAUCAGUUCUCACUGAUGUAAGUUCAGAGAUUUAUGAUCUUGUUAAUCAGGUUAAUACACAAAUUUCAGUAUCAUAUCCAGACAUUGCUCUGGUUUGCAAUCCUUUCUCACAACCUCCAUAUUAUGAAUACCAACCUCAAAACUGUGCAGCAAACACGAUUCAUAUCGGAGACAUCCCCAAGGUGCUAAAACUACUCACAUGUUCUGAUGAAAGCAAUGGGGGGUGUGAGAAUGGGCAAUUCAUGUCAAACUUUGAGUACAAAACAGUGGAAGCUUACACAAACUCAAUACAAGAUUUCCUCAAUGUGUAUCCAGGAAUGGAAAGCCUUGUGGAAUGCCAAACAGUGAAAGAUGCCUUUUCCAAAAUCUUAGAAGACCAUUGCAAGCCUUUGGAGAAAUAUGCCUGCAUGGUUUGGGCAGGUUUGGUUUUUGUUUCAAUUGUUAUGGUGUGUUUGGUUUUAAUUUGGACAAUUAGGGCAAAUAUUGACCAAAAACUCCACCAUUUUGAUGGAUCAGUACAACCCAAUUCUUCAAUUCCAAAGAUGAUGGAGAUGGCUAAUCAUUGAUAUCUUAUAGCUUUUAUAUCCUUAGGAUAGAAUCAAACAGUGAUCCGAGAAUCCCGCGUAAGCGAGUUCUCUGAGUAUGUCUAGGGUUAGAGGCAAAAUGCAUUUGUAUUUUGUAUAUAGACUAAAUUAUACAAAAUAUCGAUGUAUAUUA